UAAAGGGACUCUAUUCACUCAAUCAUCCGAUUCUACCCCAAUUCUCUCUUCUAAUGUCUAUGCCUAUUAACAGCCAUCAUCCCUGACACGCCGCAAUCCAGCUGAACACUGCGACGUGGAACCAAAGCGGCGAGGCGGAUGAAAAACGGCAGACAAACUUAAUUGGCGGACGUGGAAGCCGCCGGAGAAUAAGUUUAAAGUGCGCAGAAAUUUUCUAGUCUUGCCAGCAAUUGGUGCUUGUUCCGUUUAGUUAUUAGUCUUGCCAGCAAUUGGAGUAUUAUUUUGUUCUCAGAAUUUAUGUGCGAUGACUUCGCAGCAAUUCUUGAUGCGGAGCUGGAUGCUGCUUCUGAUUUAUCAGGAAAUUCUGAAGAAGGUGCAGAAGAAGAGGAGAGUAGUGCUGAAGACAGUGGUGACAGAAGUGAAUUGGACUUGGAUCAUGAGAGAGUUAAAAGGCAGAAAGUGGAGUUAUACUCGGGCACAUUAAAUCCACAGGAGGAAAUCUGUACACAUCCUGGUUCUUAUGGUGGAUUGUGUAUGAAAUGUGGGAAACUUGUAGAUGAUGAUUCUGCCAUUUCGCUUAAAUACAUUAAUGAGAAUCUGAGGAUUGCUAAUGAUGAAAUGGCUCGAUUACGAGACAAAGAUUUCAAGGAUUUGCUUUGUCAUAGAAAAAAGCUUUAUUUGGUCCUUGAUUUAGAUCACACACUACUCAAUUCAGCUCGGCUAACUGAUAUUAAAGAGGACGAAACAUAUUUGAUCAACCAAAGAGAUUCUCUGCCUGAUACCUUGAAGACCAGUCUGUUCAGACUAGACAGGAUGCACAUGAUGACUAAGUUGAGGCCAUUUGUGCACACUUUCCUGGAAGAAGCUAGUAACUUGUUUGAGAUGUACAUAUAUACCAUGGGUGAACGUCCCUAUGCUUUGGCAAUGGCGGAUCUACUUGACCCUGGAAAUAAAUACUUCCAUUCAAGAAUAAUUGCACAAGGUGAUUGCACGCAGAAAUAUCAAAAGGGUCUUGAUAUUGUUUUGGGGCGAGAAAGCGUAGUCCUCAUCCUUGAUGACACACAAGCGGUAUGGAAAGAGAACAAGGAGAAUUUGAUAUUGAUGGACCGAUAUCACUUUUUUGCCUCAAGUUGUAAGAACUUUGGAUUUAGCCAUAAGUCUCUUUCUCUACUAAAAACUGAUGAAAGUGAGACCGAGGGGGCUCUGGCCACUGUUUUAAAGGUGCUUCAGCAAGUACACUGUUUGUUCUUUGACAAGGGCGGCAAGGAUAAUAUAGAGGACCGAGAUGUGAGACAGGUGCUAAAAACCAUUCGAAAGGAAGUUUUGAAGGAUUGCAAAAUAGUCUUCACACAUGUUUUCCCGACCAACUUCACAGCUGAGCAUCAUCACUUGUGGAAAAUAGCAGAGCAACUGGGAGCUACUUGCUCGACUGAAGUUGAUCCGUCUGUCACACACGUGGUGUCUGGGGAUGCUGGGACAGAUAAAUCGCGCUGGGCCGCGAGGGAGAACAAGUUCCUGGUCAAUCCGGGGUGGAUCGAGGCUUCCAACUUUUUGUGGAGAAAGCAGCCUGAGGAAAACUUCUCUGUUAAGUCGAAACGAUAGAUGGGCUUCUUCGUAUCUAGCCUAUGCUUUGUUUUCUAACCUACUUGUAUAUACUGUAUGUUAGAAUAGACCGACCUAGUGUUCAAAGAGCAAUAGUUUGAAAUGGCUAACACAGUUUGAUUUACAUUAGCAAAGAUUUGGUGAUGAUUUUGUAAUGUCAAUAGAGAUCAAGUCAUAGCAUUCGACUCAAGAUUCUGUACUAUCCAUAUGGAUGGUGAAAUUGCAGGUUGGUCUUAUCUUUCUUGAUCA